AUGGAGUCCGAAUUCAAAAAUCGUGUCUGCAAGAUGUCAAGGCUCAUAAACGGCUCAAGUCCUGUGUCGAGAUUGCUACACAGCUCGAGGAUGCCAGGCUUUAUCUUGUACGGAGCACGGGGCUCAACCAAUACUGAUAGAGUGCGAUUGACUCUCGCUGAAGGAGGCUUAUCAAAUACCGAUUACGAACUGGUACUUCUUAACUUGCAACAAGGAGAGCAGAAGUCCAAAGAGAACUUGGCUCGCCAUCGUUGGGGAAAGGUACCAAGCAUAUCAGUCCCGGAGUCUGGUUUCACACUUUUCGAAAGUCGGGCAAUAUGCAAGUUUCUUGCUCGGAAAUACUCGAUCCCUCUUGUUCCGCCAGAGUCGGAUCUCGAAGCUACGGCGUUAUUCGACCAGGCGCAAUCCAUCGAAACAAGCUACUUCGCCCCAGCUGCCGGAACCAUAGCAUUCGAGAAAUUCGCCAAGAAGUUCAUGGGACUAGAAGCCAACGAAGCCGUGGUCUCGGAUGCAUUGCAAUCGGUCAAUAGUUUUCUGGACAUAGCAGAGGGGCUGCUACAGGAGCCUGGACGAGGAUAUAUGGCAGGAUCUCAGUUUACGCUCGUCGAUCUCUUUUAUAUCCCACUAGUCCUGCGAUUGUUCGCAUGCGGGUACGGAGACGUCAUCACCAAUCGCGAGGCCGUGAACGCGUGGUGGAAUCAUUGCAUAAGCCGGCCUGCUAUAAAGAAGCUGCUGGAGGCUGACAAGGAGGCUAUGGCGGCAGCGAUGGCAAAGAGAUGA